AUGAAGACUGCAGCGCACGCCUUGAGCCCCGACUCCCGGCCAGAGACGCAACAUCAGACCAGAAAGAAUGAGGAGACGGUUCCAGGCUCACCGAUGCCCAGGGCGGGGAGGGAGGGCAGAAAGGGCCCCGCCUCGAUCCUGAGACGAAGCCCGCAGGAGCACUGCGGCCGUGGGGAUGAGCCACGGAGGACCACGAGACACGUGCGGUUCCGAGAGCCCCUGGAGGUGGCCGUCCACUACAUCGCCUGCAGGGAGCCCACCGCCGCUGCCAAGGCGCCCAGCCGACCCCGGCCCCGUGGUGGCUCCCUGCUCCUGCGGCUGACAGCCUGCAUCCUGCUGGUGCUGGUGCUGGGCGUGUGCUGCGGCCAGGCCGGGCCCGUGGCCGGGGCCCUGGAGGGCCUGCGGGCCCGGCUCCUUGCCGCCCUCCUGCGCCUGCGGCUGGCGGCCCUGGCCUGCUGGCACUGCCUGCUGCAGCUCUGA